CGUCCAAAUAUUAUGCUUUAUUACCCGCACGUUCGUGACGUCACGACAAUGGCUCCAGCAGUUUUGUGGCCAAAAUAAACCAAAGAACAAGAAGUAGCGUGGGUAGCCGCAUGUGUGAAUAUUAUGUCUUUCGCCAAGUCAUCCGGUUUCCGGUCCUGACCACUUGUCACUCUCUCUUUCCUAACUGUGAUUGCGCCUUUCAACAUGAUUUUGUAUUGACUUGACAAGUAGCGGGGUGAUUGUGUAAAACGCUGUUUUUUUCUUCUAUUUUUCGCUCAGCGUUGCACCUGGGCAUACAAUGGCAUCACUUGACUGACAACAUUUUUUUACCACUUGUAACCGCCAUCAGAGAGAAACGCUCUCUAAUGGACAAACAAAUCGUUUGCAACGCUUUCUCACACGUUAUUUUGCCGUACCGUUGUGUGCGUGUGUGUCCUGAAACCGGACGGCGACGAGCGAGGCGGCUACUGUUAGACUAACCGACGGGGCAUGUUUUAAUGUUUGAUUAGUUGUGUUUUAAAUUAAAGCACAUGUCUGUUGAUUAUUCGUUUGUCCUGGGUAAAUAGUUUGUGUAAUUUUUCGGGGUGCUUUUACCGUGAAGGCCGGCUUUGGCGCGCUAACCGUUUGGGUUUACACAAACUUUGCCGUUUGACGAGAGGAGGGCAGACUAAUUUAUACGCCGCACUGGUUAUGCUCACAUAACCACGGGAUCGGAAAUUAUCAAACUGAUGAGGCAUGCGAAGAGAAAUAAUUGGUCGAGCGUUAUGUUGUUUUGUACGAUUUCGACUGCCGGAAUGAACAAUUAAUUCGGAUUGGAUUUCACUGCACGCUGGAUUUGGUACGGCGCCAGUUUAGUGUGUCGGAAACCCAUUGUGAGACUUCAUCACUCCAGCCGGAAAUGGCGUUCAAGCGGUGUUCCGAGCACUCUACGACCAGCGUAUGUGACUGACACAUGAUGACUCCUAAUUUAUGCUCAUUGUUUUCAAUUCGCCUUCCCGAGUCAUCGUCGUUGUACUGCAGCCCUGACAGCAAUUGACCUUGCCGGCAACGUAAUCAGUUUGAUGAUCGAGUUAAAAUGUCCCAGUGAAACCGAUCGACAACAGUAACAUUUAGCGCCUAUCCCUGAACGUCUGUGUUUGUACUGUGAACGCCGGACGGCGUGUGCUGGAAUUAAUUAUACGCGUUGCGUGUAUGUAUCGCGGUGAUGGACUGUAGUGCUAGUGUUAUUUCGGACUAUCAUGGCCAGGACAGUACACCGGGACCGGAUCAGUUGCAGGAGUAUUAUGAGAUUUGCAGUUCUAAAUCGCACAUCUUUGAGCCCAAUCCGUUGCGGGAUUUCGCCAGUGAUCCCGACGGGAACGGAUGUGCUGAGUCCACACGGCGCGGUCCGGCGUCGGAAAUCAGCACCAUGGAAUAUUCCAGUCCGCGGACGGACGGAUGGGAUGCGUUCAAACUGCAGACGGUGGAAGUGCCCACACGCUGUGAUAAGAUAUUCUUCGAUGCAUUUCUCCAGAUCUCCAAAGUCAUUGCGUACUGUUUGACAUUUCUCCUGAUACUCAUCGCCGGCGUGAUAUCCAAGUUUUGUGUCUUGCUGCUGACGACGAAUUUGCAGUCGGCGGAUGAUAAAGCGAAUUGUUAUAGUAAACCGACAAAUAGAACCGGGACUACUGUGCCGACUGUCACUGGGUCUGCCGACAAGGGAGAGAGAUACCUGGCUGUAGUAUGGUCGAUUUGUUUUUGUCUCUUACUGCCGGAAAUUAUCACAUGGAUAUCGUGUUUUCGAAAAGUAAUGCUCCGUCAAAUCCAAGGACCACGCUCGGCUGUAACAUGGAUCCUGGCUUUUAUAACAGAAACUUUGUACGUGUUCGGACUGCUGCUUUUUCUCUACGAUGUAACCACCCACACGGACAUCCUCUCCGCUCUGAUGCUGACCAGCGCGUUCUGUUUCUUUCCCUCCCUCCUCGCCCUCCUCACCCGGCACGGAUCCGAAUCCUUUUUCUGUGUCCGCGUCAUCGUCGAUCUGGUCGUUCUGCUCUUCCAGAUCACCUCCCUGAUCUUCUGGCCCUUAAUCGCGCCGGUGACCUUUCGCUGGACACUGCCCGUCGCGCUGAUCCUCAUCUCCAUCCGUUGGUGGGAGAACUACGUCUCCCCUGACUCCGCCUUCCGGCUCAUCCGCUGGUUAUCCGAGCACCGCACUAACAUUGGUCAAGCGCAGUGUAAAGUGUACGUCUUCCUCAGUUUGUGGAAGAUUCUCUUGAUACUGGCGUGGAUUGCGGCCUGGCAUAGUAUUGCCGGUGCGGCGAGUAGUGUCAACGUUUUUGAUCUGCGGAAUGUCUUUACCGGCACGUCGACACUGGAUUUGGGCGGGAAGGUGGUGAACGGGACGUGGGUGGAGCGCCGGCAGCGGAUAUGGUUUUGGAAGCCGAAUGCGGUGUUCCUGUUGGUGGCGGUGGUUGGGAGUAUGGCGGCGGUGUUGGGCAAUGUGUGCGGGAAAUAUGCGUGCCGGAUUCGGAUACAUUUGUUCAGCUUCGCCAUUCCCGUCUGCUUGAUUUCUCCGGUUACGGUGUCACUGACCGCAUCAGUUUGCGAAACGGUGCGCAAUAAUGGCUGUGUGAUGAGCGGUAUUCUGCCGGAAAUGCUGCAGGUCAAAUGUCCUGAGUACGGUUCGUUCUGGGCAAUGUUGGACACCCAGUACGCAUGGCUGUGGUUUUUAUGGCUGCUUAGCCAGUGGUAUAUCACCAUGCACAUAUGGAAACCUAUGCCGGAACGACGGAAGAUCAAUCAUUUGUUCGCCUUACCGGAAUUCGGUUCCUUUCCGCUGGACAUCAGCUCCAGUCUCAACCGGAUGCGUGUCUGGACCGAAUCGCUGCAUCCCUCUCACCUGCCUACCCGGCUCGAAACUACACAGUCCCACGGACCGCGUUCUCGGGAGAAAAAGAAGCAUAACGUGGCGCAUCUGUGUAUCUGUUCGUUCUUUGAUCGGCAGACCGAAACCGAUGUUGUGGAGACGAUCAAGUCGAUUCUCCGGGUGGAUGAAGAGCAGUGUGCGCGCAGGAAUGCGCUCCGCUUCCUUAUCGAAUCUGAUCCAGAUUAUUUUGAAUUUGAAAGUCACAUGUUUUUUGAGAAAGCCUUUGUAAUGGAUUCCCUCCGUGGUGAUCGAACCCUGGAUAAGCAGUUAGCCCGGCUAAUCACAACCUUCCAAGAGGCCGCCGCAAAUGUGCACGAAUUUCCGGUUACCCUACGUCCGCCCCGGAAGGUGACCACGCCGUACGGUGGCCAGCUGCAGUGGGUGUUGCCGGGUGGGAAUCGCUGUACGAUCCACUUCAAGGAUACCAACCUGAUCCGGGCCGGUGAGCGGUGGAGUGAGGUCAUGGCGCUGUAUUACGUGCUGGGGCAUAAGAUUAUGCAAACACCCGCUGACACCAAUAAAAAGGAACAGUUUGCCGAUAGUUCGUACGUGCUCUUCACCUCUGGAACGGUCCGAUUCAAGCCGCAUGCGGUGACGAAAUUAUUGGAUAUUCUGAAGCAGGGCAACCAUAUUGGAGCCGCUACCUGCAGAAUUCGGCCAGUAGGAACCGGUCCACUGGUUUGGUAUCAAAUGUUCGAAUAUGCCAUGCGUUACUGGAUGGACCGCUCCACCGAACAUAUGUUGGGAUCACUUUUGCGCAUUCGCACCGGCUUCACCAUGUUCCGCGCGGCUGCCCUAAUGGACGAUAACGUUAUCAAGAAAUUCGCCAUGAUUCCCGACGAUUCGAAGGAGUUUAUUCAGUUCCGGCUGGGCAACGAACAGUGGUUAUGCUCGCUGCUGUUAAAACAAGGGUAUAAAGUGGAAUACUGUGCGGCAGUGGAUAUCGCCAUCCAUGUACCGGAAACGUACUCUGACUAUCUGCGCGAAAGCCAACGCGGUUUCCCGUUGGAUUUGGCGGCAACGGCGGAUAUCACCAGCAACUAUUCGGCAAUAUUAGAGCGUAAUGAGAACAUCACCAUUAUGUACGUCGGCUACUUGAUGAUGGCGCUGGUGUCGACGAUCUUCGCACCCGGCACAGUGAUGCUGGUCAUUGUAACGUCGUUGGUCAACUUAUUCCAACUGAAUAUCUUUCUGGCGCUGCUCUGCAAUGUCGGUCCCGUGCUGGUGUUGAUGGUUGUCUGCGUGUUUGGAUCGCCACGACUACAGGAUUUAGUUAUCAAGAUUUUGAGCGCUGCCUAUGGACUGAUCAUGUUGGCCGUGCUGAUCAGCGCUGCCGUUCAGCUGCAUAAAUCCUGGCUAUCGGCAUCACCGGUGUCCAUCUUCAUGAUUGCCUUCAUCUUGUCCACACUGCUCCCGGCUAUUUUUCAUCCGCAGGAAAUGUGGAAUAUUGUCUUUGCACCGGUGUAUUUUAUUGCGAUUCCUACAACCUACUUACUGACCGUUAUUCAUGCCUUGUGCACGUUUCAUUUGGGUAAUGCGCCACGAAAAUCGGCCAGUGAUGAGGAAGAUGAUCUCGUGCAGCAGAUUGAAAAGUGGGAACAGCUGGCUAAGGAAGCACAAAACGAUCCCACCAAACAAGUUCCCGCCAAAAUUCCUAGCGUGGAUGUCAUUGAGCAACUGAAAAAAUAUCUGCCCAACGGAAAGAAAACCGUGAGCUUCGCGUGUGGUCAGUUUUGUGGGAUUGUCUGCUGUCCGCCGCCGGAUGAAAGCCCGUUGGAAGGUCCGUUUGGCGAUAUUAUCGGGCGGGAGCUGUUCAUGCUGGGGCGGAAGUUGCAGACCAUAGAGCAUCGACUGCGAGCGCGCCGGCUAGGUUUGCCUGGUUUCCGACCGCGCGUUCUGCCGCCCGAUGGUCUGACUGUGCCUAUUAAUUUGCCGUCGCAGCAAGAUAUGGAUCAGAUCUCCGAAGCAUCCGCCAAUUUUUCGGUGUCUACGGUGCGAACGGCGGUAAAGUCAGCGGAGGAGUUUUAUGAGAAAUUUGGCGGUCGUACGCUGAACAACGACAAACUAACGGAAUGGCUCAUGUCUCUGACCGAUCCCACUGGCCCGGUGAUUCUGGAAAAUGACCACUGGAUGGACGAUGAGAAUCUGUCCAGCGCCGAACCGGAUGUCCUCGAUCCCAUCGAACAGGGAUUUUGGCGGGAACUGAUUUCCACGUACUUAGUUCCGCUGGCCGGCAGUAGUGCCGGUUUGGAAGAGGCCAUGGUGGAGCAGAUGAAGAAGCUGCGCAAUAAAGUCGGACUGGGAUUUCUCAUGGUUAACAGCCUGUUUAUUCUGAUGGUAUUCCUCCUGGAGUUGCGCCGGGAGGAUUUGUUCAUUCUCCUUCCCAGCCCCUUUGCCAGCAGCCAGAAACGGACGGCCAUUCAAAUUGAGCCGACGGGCAUCGCCUUUUUGCUGUUCUUCUUCGCUCUGAUGUUGGUGCAGUUCAUCGCUAUGUUGAUGCACCGAUGGGGGACAUUUUCGCACCUGCUUGCCAGUACAUCGUUGACAUGCUGCUCCGGUAAGAAACGUAUCGGCUUCGAAUAUCUUCGCGAUAACGCCGUGCAGAUCGCCCGGGAACUGCAGUCCCUAAAGAACACCCGGGAUUUUGAGGGCGAUCACCACGUCAUCUCCAUGGACCCGCGUCGCAAAGGGACUGUGUCCACGCUGGACGUCGUCUUCCGCAAACGUUUCGCCGCUAUCCAGAAGACCAGCGGUGCCGCGGCUGAGCCGGGAACAGCCGUUACAACCCUGCGCGGUGCACCGUCCACCACCCGCAUUAAUCAUCGGUUCAGCAAACGCACGCUGGACUCGAAGCGAGGCAGUUUCCGGGAGACCGGCGAACGACCGCAUGUUAUUCAGGUCUUCCAGAUCGCGCGGAAUGAUCCCAUGCCGGAGGGGGAUACGGCGUCCACCGCGCAGAGUACGACGUCGUUUUAGACUGGGAUUGCUGAAAGUGUCUGUCUUUCGCAUAUAAACGAAUGCGUCAGGUAUUAACUGAAGGUGCAAUCAAAAUUCUGUUCUGUGUACCAUAAUUAUUGGCUUUUUAUUGGCGUGGAAUUUUUGUACAUUUUUUGGCGAUUUACUUACGGUGCGGAAAUUUUCUAAGCAGGUUAUAUGAGCGCAUUUCGCAUUAAAACAAUAAAUUGGUGGCACUGGUUUAUUGUCAUUAGGUGCGUUUUAAAUGUGCAGUAUACUUUUUUUAUG